AUGGCGCGGCGACGAAAGGUGGUGCAGAAGCUUGCUCAGGCAGAUUCAAGACAGGAACUCCCUUCAUCCAUAGAUUCUCCGUCAGUCGUUCCAGUGGCUGAGCUGGUGUGCGAGGAAAUAGCAGACGAGAACGUGCCCUCAGACGUCACUGACGUUCCAGAUAAGGGGGAGUUUGUUCCCUCUCCGUAUGUUCCGUCAUCGCCAAAGGUUAGGUCCAACUCGUGGGCGAAAGAGGUAGAGAAUCAAACAUUCCAAGAAGCCACGAAGGCUACCUGGUCUCGUUUCAAGGAUUCCCUUCCUCUUCAGGGGGGUACGCAACUAGAGUUUAAAGAGCCUCUUCAGAAGGAUGGACAAAAGAUUGCCCAGCUAGACAUUGAGGAAAUAGAAGUUGAAGCUUCAUUCUGGAAAUCUGCUUUGAUCUGUGUAGUAAUUGGUGUAAACCCACCAUUACCAGUCUUUGAAGGUUUUAUCAACCGGAUUUGGGGGAAACUUGGGAUAGAACGGGUAGCAAGGAUGAAUUCUGGAUUUACGAUGGUUAAAUUCAGAGAUGAGGCUACACGUGAUUUGGUGCUAGAGUCCGGAGUAGUUCAUUUUGAUAGGAAGCCUAUUAUACGAAGACCUUGGACUACUGAUAUUGAGUCUCUGAAAUCGAUCAAAUCAGUACCGGUUUGGAUCCGUCUCCCUGAUCCUGGUUUACAAUACUGGGGUACCAACUGUUUGAGUGCAUUGGUUAGUACUAUUGGGAAGCCAAUAAUGAUAGACAAGAUCACUAAAGACAAGUUGAUGAUUAAGUUUGCUUGA